UAUAAACACAGGAAGGAUUCCAAAGUCCUAAUCACAAAUCCGUAGAAAAAAACACCGGUAACUACAGAAGCGGAGAUCCUGGCAGAAUGACUUCUAGUAAAGUUGAACUCCCCGGCGAAGUGAAGACCGAUCCAUCCGCGCUCAUGGCAUCCCUCCAACUGAUGCCCUCGCCGGUGCCCAACCCGGAGAUAAAGUAUACCAAGAUUUUCAUCAAUAAUGAAUGGCAUGAUUCUGUGAGCAGAAAAACAUUCUCUACGUACAACCCUUCCACAGGGGAGAAGAUCUGUGAUGUUCAGGAGGCAGAUAAGGCUGACGUGGAUAAAGGAGUUCAGGCCGCUCGUCUGGCCUUCUCCCUGGGUUCUGUGUGGCGGGAGAUGGACUCGUCUGAGAGGGGGCGGCUGCUCUCCACACUAGCAGACCUGGUGGAGCGGGACCGCGCCUACCUCGCUACCCUGGAAUCUUUGGACACUGGCAAGCCUUUCCUCUCCUCCUUCUUUGUGGACCUUCAGGGAACAAUUAAGACACUGCGGUAUUUCGCUGGCUGGGCCGACAAGAUCCACGGAUCCUCCAUUCCAACUGAUGGAGGGUAUUUGUCGUUCACCAGGCAUGAGCCAAUCGGAGUGUGUGGACAGAUUAUCCCGUGGAACUUCCCUCUGAUGAUGACGGCGUGGAAGCUUGGGCCAGCUCUGUGCUGCGGGAAUACGGUGGUCCUGAAGCCGGCUGAGCAGACCCCCCUCACAUGCCUGUACAUGGGUGCUCUGAUCAAAGAGGCUGGGUUUCCACCAGGGGUGGUCAAUAUUUUGCCAGGCUAUGGGCCAACCACUGGAGCCACCAUCGCAUCCCACAUGGGCAUCGAUAAAGUGGCUUUCACAGGAUCCACAAAGGUCGGCAAGCUGAUCCAAGAAGCAGCUGGAAAGAGCAACCUGAAGAGAGUCACGCUGGAGCUGGGAGGCAAGAAUCCCAACAUCGUUUUCGCAGACGCUGAUUUGGAUUCGGCUGUGGAGCAGGCUCAUCAGGGUGUGUUCUUUAACAGUGGACAGUGCUGCACAGCAGGGUCCCGUAUCUUUGUGGAAGAGCCCAUCUAUGAUGAAUUUGUGCGCCGGAGUGUGGAGAGGGCAAAGAGGAGGAUAGUGGGUAGCCCCUUCGACCCCACCACUGAGCAAGGACCUCAGAUCAGUGCUGAGCAGCAGCGGUGUGUGUUGGAGUUCAUCGAGAGUGGGAUCAGUGAGGGUGCAAAGCUGGAGUGUGGGGGAAAAGCCCCCUUCUCCAAGGGCUACUACAUCCAGCCCACGGUCUUCUCCAAUGUGCAGGAUCACAUGCGCAUUGCCAGAGAGGAGAUAUUUGGGCCGGUUCAGCAGAUCAUGAAGUUUAAGACGAUCGAGGAGGUCAUCGAGCGGGCCAACAACACAGAAUAUGGCCUGACCGCCGCCGUGUUCACCAGCGACAUCAGCAAAGCCAUGGCAGUCUCCACAGCCGUGCAGGCCGGCACAGUUUGGAUAAACUGCUUUAAUGCUCUGAGCUGCCAGUGUCCCUUUGGAGGAUUCAAAAUGUCAGGCAAUGGCCGCGAACUGGGUGAGUACAGUCUGAGGGAGUACACCGAGGUGAAGACCAUAACAGUCAAGAUGCCUGGGAAGAACUUGUAAAAAGUGUUCCUAACAGAGCAAAGACUUCCGCUGGGCUCACAGCCCAUCGGCCAGGUCCAGUGGUUCUCGUGCACCGUGUCCCACUAACCCACCACCACCAGCUAUCUCAGCCUGGCGCUGCCUCUGGCCUGCGUCCUCCUCCCACCUCCAUAAUGCCAGCAUCCUGUGGCCACUUCGCAGUUCCUUAUGUCCACCUUAACUCCCACCCCCCCAUUGUGGCCUCCCUCCACCGGCUCCCUUAACUACACUAAAGCACUCGGAGAGGGUGGGGGAGGGUCACCACAUGCGCCACUAAGCCACUCCGCCUCCGGUGUCCUGACGCUCACAGACGGCAGCAUCUCCCGCUCUCCUGCCAGGACCACGGCCCUGCGUUUGGGGGUGCAAGAUGUGUGAAGGGCGGCAGUGUCAAACCUCAAACGUAACUUUCCUGUGUUUCGAUUCACUGGUUAAAAUUUGCCACUGUCUUUCAGUUUUUACUAAAACCACUGAAGCUCUCCGUCUCAGUAAAGAAAAGAAGGAUGUGAUCUUUUGUUAAGUAAUAAUUUUUAAAAAUGUUAAUUGUUUAAUUGUCGUGUGUUUUUGCUGUUUUGCUCUUAUGGCGUAUAACU